AAUCUCUCUUAUUCUUCUUAUUUAAUUUUUUCCUUUUCUAGGCUUGUAAUUGAUGUUCGUAACGAAAAAUUAUAAUCAUUACGGCAAAGCUUGCAGCAUAUGAGGGAUAUUGAAUAGUAAUGUAAACAUUAGGGGUGGUGUCACAUUUGGCUUGUGUGUGGUAUGGAGGCUGACGAUCUUGAAGGAAGCGCACAAUUUAAUGAGAUGAAUGAAUCAGAAGAAGAAAGUACUGAUUCGGGUGAUACUGAAGAGGAAAUUGAACCAAAACUUUGUUAUGAAAGACUUUCAAAUGAUGUACCAAAUAUUCUUAAAAAGGAUGCUGCUAGCUGUAUUGCUGUCCAUACAAAAUUUUUGGCAUUAGGAACUCAUCUAGGUGUGAUUCAUAUCCUUGACCAUCAAGGAAAUAAUAUAAGAAAUAAAGAACUUCUUCUGCAUGUAACUACUGUUAAUCAAAUUAGUAUUGAAGAAAAAGGAGAUUACCUUGCAUCUUGCUCUAACGAUGGAAAAGUUGCUAUUCAUGGAUUAUAUUCAACAGAUCUUAAUACUUCUCUAACUAUUGAGCGUCCUGUUCGCUCUGUUGCAUUAGAUCCUAAUUUUUCGAAGUCUAGUGCUAACCGAAGGUUCAUCAUAGGGGAAGAUAAAGUUGUGUUAUAUGAACGCCAAUUUUUAACUGGGUACAAACCUAAUGUAUUAUACCAAGGAGAAGGAGCUAUCAGGAAUAUCAAAUGGAAAGAUAGAUUUGUAGUUUGGGCCAGUGAUAAAACUGUUCGAGUGUACGAUAUUGGUUCUAAUAGAACAAUUACAGUAAUUCAAAGAGAUCAUGAUCCAGCCCUACGCAGUGAUUUAUAUCGUUGUAAUCUGUACUGGAAAGAUAAUUCUACCUUAUUGAUUGGCUGGGCUAAUACUGUCAAAGUAUGCCAAGUUGUACCAUCAGAAGCACCUAAGCCAACUGCUUUAACGUCACUGAAAGAUCAAUCUGGUCCACCUAGAUUUUAUGUGAAAAUUAUUUCCAUUUUCAGUACAGACUUCUUCAUUUGUGGAAUUUCAUCAUUUGGUGCUGCUUUAGUGAUCUUAACUGUUGCAAAAACUGCUGGUGAGCCUGUAAGUAUAGGUUCUAGACCUCAACUCAGAGUGAUAGAAGCUCAUGGAGAAGAUUAUUCAUUGAUUCUUAGUGAUAUACUCAGUAUGCGUGGUUAUCAAGCAUAUAGAUGCAAUGAUUACCAUCUAGAUAGUUUAGCAGAUGAAGGCUUAUAUUUUAUUUUAAGUCUAAAAGAUUUUGUGGUUGCAAAACCAAGAAAUGAGGAUGAUCAUAUAACAUGGUUGCUUGAACAUAAAAAACUAAAGGAAGCUGUUGAUGCUGUUUCACAGAGUAAGAAUUUAAGGAAAUAUACUCUUUUGGAUGUUGGAAAUAAAUAUUUGGAACAUCUAUUGGAAUUAAAGCAAUAUAAUGAAGCUGCUGCUCUGUGUGCAACUAUAUUUAAGGACAAAGAAGUGUGGGAAACAGGAAUUUACAGAUUUGCUGAAAUUGGACAACUGCGUGCUAUUUCACCUUUUGUCCCCAUCAACGAAAAUUUAGAUCCAGCUGUGUAUGAAAUGAUUUUGAAUGAAUUUCUACUACAUGAUCAGAAAGGUUUUUUGGAUCUUAUUCGAUCAUGGCCAAGUUACCUCUACAGUGUGCCUACCAUUAUUAGUGUCGUAUUGGAACAGUUAGUUUUAUAUCCUCAAUCAAAACUGUUAUUAGAAAGUUUGAGUGAACUAUACAUAUAUGAUAAGAAGUUUGAUAAGGCAUUAAAUGUUUUAAUUGAAAUUGGCAGCAAGGAUAGAGUUUUUGAACUGAUUGAAAAUCAUAAUCAAUUUGGUAAUAUUCAUGAUAAAGUGGACAUACUUAUGAGUCUAAAUCCACCAUUGGCCACAAGUAUGUUUCUCAAUAAUGUUGAGAAAAUUCCUGUUAAUCUUGUUGUUUCUAAAUUGAAAAAUAAGAAAGACUUAUUAUAUGAGUACCUUCACAAGGCUUUCCUAAAAGAUCCCACUUUUGGUGAAGAACAUCAUGGUCUUCUUGUGGAACUCUAUGCAGAGCAUGCACCAGACCAAUUACUACCAUUUUUAAGAACUUCUAAUAAUUAUUCUUUGGAACAUGCUUUGGAUGUGUGUCAGCAAAGAAGCCUCAUAAGAGAAGUAGUAUUUCUCUUAGGAAGAAUGGGUAAUACAAGACAAGCUUUAGAACAGAUUACUGAAGUACUUCAAGAUAUUAAUCAAGCAAUAGAAUUUUGCAAAGAACAUGAUGAUAAAGAAUUAUGGGAAGAUUUAAUAAAUAGUUCACUUGAUAAACCUGGUUUUAUUACUGUUCUUCUUCAAAAUAUUGGAACUCAUGUUGACCCAAUAAUGCUUAUUCAGAAAAUACCAAAUGGAUUAGAAAUACCUGGUUUGAGAGAUUCUUUGGUUAAAAUUCUACAUGAUUACACUUUGCAGAUUUCAUUACGAGAAGGUUGCAAGAAAAUUCUUGUUUCAGAUUGUUACAGUUUAUUAGAAAAAUUAAAUAAGCUUCAAAAGAGAGGAAUCUUAGUUAGUGAAGAUCAAGUUUGCCCUUUAUGCGAAAGAAGACUACAUACCAAUGAUUUCAGAGUGGGUGGUGACAUAAUGGUUUUCAACUGUAGGCAUGUUUUCCAUGAAGAUUGUGUGCCUGUUUUUUCUAAAGAAACAGAAACAUGUAGUAUCUGCAGUGCACAAAAACGUGGAACUCCAGGGAACUCUUGAGUGAUUGUGUUAAAAAAUGCAUGCCCCACAAAUGUAUAUUUUAAUUGUUUUUUAUGGAUGUUAAUAAUUAUUAAAAAGUUUUCUUUUUCAAAUAAGA